UCACUGACUCACGCGCGACACCCAAUUCCUCCACAAAGUCCGAAUGUAAUGGAUACGUCGGGGCUACUUGUUUCAAACCUUGCUAUUUUGGCUACGUCACGGUCAGGUGUUUAUGAGGCAAAGCCAGUGUUCCGAGGGUAAGCGUAUGCAUCCUUAUACCAUGGACCGUGCGCUCACGAUGCCGAGAGAACCACGAGAUACCGACGUGGAUCCAGAGCGUACGUCUAUAGGCUUUGGGCAUCCUCAAGCAAAAGCAGGCCGUCUCAUCUAUUAAUAUUCUCAAACAACACGCUCGACCAUUGACCGAGACGCGCGAAUUCACGCGGACCGCUUAUGCAGACUAAAUGACUGCCCGACCAGACCGUAUCCAUGAGUGCAAAUAUAUGUCGGAAAAAUGGGAGCUCAAACGACAGUCCGUCAUAGCACCAUGAGUUUAUCAAAGAUCCCCUUCGUCAUAGCUUCAGCUAUUAGCAUCCAUGUUUCACUCACUACUUCUUCCCCACCACCGUCAUCUGAAGAGAAGGUGAUGCCCACCGCGUUCGAAUCCUCAAUAAAAUGGUUCAUGGCAUUUCGCGGGUUAGAGUGGAUGAAGAUCGGCGCAUGGGCAGUAUCAUCUGCUGAAGUGGCCAACAUCCUUGCCAUGCACAUAGAUCCCUCGGGGGGCAUCUACGGCGCUAGAGCUGUGCAACUUCUACGCUCUCUUCACCCCACACCAAUCACCCCCACGUUUCUUGCGGGUAGUCUUGCCAUCACGAUCGGGGGCCUAUUCAGGCUUUAUUGCAUAUCGACGUUGGGAAAGUUUUGGAGCUUCCAGCUCAGCGUCAGAAAAGAGCAUAGACUUGUGACAAGCGGACCGUACUCGGUCGUCCGCCACCCGAGCUACACUGGUCUUCUUCUUCAAUCUGUUGGGAUCAUGAUCAUGUACGGAAGCCCAGAGUCGUGGAUGCGGCAGUCUGGAAUUCUACAAGUUCCUUUCAUGUCGUUACUAGCGGCCAAUUUUUUCGUCUUAUUUGGAUUAUGUGUUUGGAUUGGAGUCACCCGACCUGCGAUAGAGGACAAGAUGCUAAAGCGCGCUCUGGGAAAAGAGUGGGAGAAUUGGGCAAAGGAGGUGAAAUAUAGGUUGAUUCCUGGGGUCUAUUAAUUGGAUGCAUACCGUGUACCAUAUUGCGAGAAUUGGUGUUUUAUAGGAGUUGAUUGUAU